AUGAUAAGUGUAAUUCUCAUAUCCCUGAUUUUGUUUCUUCUGGGUGCACAGUUCCUGAAAUUGCAAUGGAAAAGUUGUGGAUUUCCUCCUGGACCAACCCCAUUUCCCUUCAUUGGAAGCAUCUGGUGGAUAAAUUUUAGAGCUGAUCAUGGGAGCCUGAAAAAGCUGGCAAAAAUCUAUGGCAACAUCUGUACACUGUGGCUGGGUCACAAACCUAUGGUGGUGCUGUAUGGAUUCCAAGCCGUGAAGGAUGGUCUCACCACCAACUCAGAGGAUGUUUCAGGGCGACUACAGACCUAUGUCUUCAAAAGAAUGUCAAAUGGAAAGGGUAUCCUGGUCUCAAGCGGUCCCAUCUGGAAACAUCAGAGGCAUUUUGGAAUUGGAGUUCUCCGAAACUUGGAGAUACAAACUCAGGCCCAUUAUCUGGUCGAGUUCUUCAGGGACAAAGAUGGAAGAGCUGUUGACCCUUCCUUCCCCAUUGUUCAUGCUGUCUCUAACGUCAUCUGUGCUGUGGUUUUUGGACAUCGCUUCUCCAGAGAGGAUGAAACCUUCUGCCAGCUGAUUGAAGUGUACAAUUGUAUAGUGGCUUUUGGGAACAGCCACUUUUACUAUAUGUGUGAAAUAUUCCCAUGGGCUGCAGAGCACCUCCCAGGACCUGCGCAGAAAGCGUUGUUUUCCUGUGAUUUUGUUCGGCCUUUCAUAAGGCGGGAAAUCAAAAGCCACAGGCAAAAGGGCACAAUAGAUGAACCAGAAGAUUUCAUUGACUUUUACCCGGAUCAGAUAGAGAAAGCUAAAAACAUCCCCAAUUCUACAUUUGAUGAAGACAACAUGGUGCAGUCUGUUUUUGACCUUUUCCUGGGUGGCUCAGAGACCACUGCCACCACUCUGCGUUGGGCGCUGCUCUAUAUGGUGGCUUAUCCUGACAUCCAAGAAAAAGUGCAGAAAGAGCUAGAUGCCGUUCUGAGUCCCUCCCAUCUCAUCUGCUAUGAGGAUCGGAAAAAUACAAAUGCUGUGAUUCAUGAGAUCUUGCACUUUGGUAGCAUUAUUUUAAUCACAAUUCCUAGGGAAGUGGUGAAGGAUACAACUGUUUUGGGGUAUCAGCUUCCAAAGGGCACUAUGAUUAUGGCAAACAUAGACUCAACUCUUUUUGACUCUGAAUACUGGGAGACCCCUCACCCGUUCAACCCCGGUCAUUUCUUGGACAAGAAUGGAAAUUUUGUGAUGCGGGAGGCCUUCUUAGCCUUCUCAGCAGAGAAAGUAAAAGGAAUGGAGAUUUUCAUCAUCUUCUGCAGUCUGCUGCAGACAUUCAAGUUCACUCCACCAGAAGGAGUUAAGGAAGUCAACACAGACGUUAUCUUUGGGAGCACAAUGAAACCCCAUCCCUACAAGAUCUGUGCAGUUCUUCGCUAG